AUGCACCUCUUUGCCCAGGUUUACUUGAUGACACAUACCCUUUGUAUGGAUGGUAAACAGAAGGUGGUCAUGUUGUUGCAUUUGAUUGCUGCGUACAAGGGUGAGACUGAGUAUACUACAAGCCUGAGCAUAUUUGAGAUGAUGGCUAUUGCUGCACCAGAAGAGUUGGUUAAUAUGAAGAAGUUCCUAUUUGACUUCCUUGAGCAAUUCACACAGUACUCGGACGCGGACUGGGCGGGCUGCCUCGACACCAGGCGCUCCACCUCCGGCUACGUCGUCUACCUCGGCGACUCCCUGGUUUUCUGGUCCUCCAAGCGCCAGGACACCGUUUCGCGCUCCAACACCGAGGCGGAGUACCGUGCCAUAGCAAACACCGUCGCCAAGUGCUGCUAG